AUGGCACCAAGAGCAAAGUUGAGAUCUCCGUGGCACUCUGCUCUUUGCCUCAAAGCCUGGGUUUCUGCUCUCCAGCUCUCGGACUUUUCCUACAGCUUCGGUGGCCCCUUUUGUUCUGCGCUCGGAGGCUGGUGGCAGUGGCCCUGGUCGCUCUUUGCAGGAUUCCGAAAAGAAGACCUUCAAGAGGUCUUUGAGGAGGCUUGUCCGAAGCCAGGAGGCCCUGUUGAAGAGCGUCACGCAGACGCCUUGGAGGUGCUGCUUGCAGAGGAACGCUGCCCGUUUGUGGCUGCAUUUUUCUCGAGCUCCUCACCACUGUCUCAGUCGGCAAAGCUUGCCCUGACAGAGCAGAGGCUGGCGAGCUCUUUCCCGGCCUUGAGAUACAUCCGAGUCGAAACCGAGCAGAUGAGCAUUCGCACCUUUCUGCAGUGGGACAUCAACUACUUGCCCACCUACGUUUUGUUCUGGCCAUCAAACUCAUCGAGCCCGUGGCAGCGCUGGCAAUCUGGAAGGCAUGCCAAUCCGUAUGAUUAUGGAGAUGUGUCGGCGUGGAUCGUGCAAGCCACAGGGCUGGUCCCACAGAACAGCUCCCAUAUCUCGGCGGGGCCUGUCCCAGUGCGGGGGCUUUCCCGCUCCUCCCCCCUGGGCUUCGGCUGGGCUCUGGUGGCCAUCGCUGUGCUCCACCGACUUCUCAACCGGACACCCUUGGAAUGA